GUCAGGACUCUUUUGUCCUCUCUGGUCACCUGCAUCCUGCAUCCAUUCGACCUUACUGGGCAGAACUUGAUGCGUGCCAUGUUCGGCAGGUGCUGCUGCAUUCAGCCAGAGGAUGGCCAUGAACAGGUCUUCCACACGGCGACUCCCAUGGAGUUUCCUCCUGCCGGUGAGCGCAAGGCGCUACAAGUGCCGCCUGAUUUCAGCAUUCGCAGUGUGGACUCCAAUGCCUCUCCAGGAGCUGGAUAUAUCAGUCUCAGCGAGGAGCAAAAGGCCAGGGAGAUGACCAAGCUUCAGCACAUGAUCCGGGACUUUGUCAUGGAGUUCUUGCAGGGCGUUUUCUUAGAUGCCGUGCUGGAAGAUGGCUCUGUGGUCCCCUGCAGAUGUGUCAUGGACAGCAAGCUCUCAGUGCUCAUGUUGCAGGUGCAUGCCACGACACGGACAGUGGAUUUGACCAGCAUCCAGGAGAUUUGCUCUGGAAAGGAGCUCAAGGACCUGCAGGUCACCACACCUUUGGAUGACCAUUGUGUGACCUUGGUCAUGGCGGAUGACCGAUGUGUCUCCUUCAAGUUCCCCGACCGACAAGGCCGUGAGCACUUCGCCACCUGCAUGAAGGUGUUGCGAUUGGCUCUUGACUGAGAGAAAGAGCCAGAGCUGGCGAAUUAGCUUUUAUGGAAUGGACUAGCGCCAGGAAGGGAUCUCAGCAGGAUUGUAACUUACUUGAGCUGAGCCAGCUAAGCUUCCAAGACAACAUGUAUGUCGAUAUGAGAGAGAUUUGGACCGGUGCCCGAGUGAGUCAAGAGCUUGUGG